AUGCCCGCCAGGAAAUCCAUAGACACAUCCUCCAUCCUAGGACUAGGAUGUGCACUGCAGUACAUGGGACAAGACGAGUUCUAUGGAGAGCAGUAUGGACACACUCAGAGCUCCAGUGAGCCUAUAAACCAGCAGUAUUACCCUGAUGGUCAUGGCGAGUACUCCUACCAACAGUCGUCCUAUGGUGAACAGGGCUAUGAGAGGUCCUUUGACGAAUCCUCACAGCACUACUACGAAGGAGGCAACUCCCAGUACAGUCAGCAGCAAGCCCAGUACCAGCAUGGCUCAGGCCAGCAGCAGCCCUUCAGCCAACAACAAUACCCCUCACAGCAGGGAUACAGCGCACAGCAACAGGGCUACGAUCCAGGUCAGGAUGCGUCGUACCAGUACCAGCAGGGUCAGGGCCAGCAGGACAGCUCCUCCCGCUCCUACCGCUCCUCCCAGGCAGCCCCUGGGGCACAGACACAGAGGCCCUAUGCCUACCAACAGGGUCAAUAUGGAAACUACCAGCAAUAAGGCACCACCUCCUGGGCAAACUGGUGGACAGGUUAGGCAAGGGAACAAUUCUGUAAAUGCCCCUUAACAGUUGUGUGUAAACCAGUCUCUGAGUAAAUUAGUUAGAUUACGCUCUGAAUCCUUUUAGUUUGUUGAGAGACAGGUUAGCAGGCUAGACUGUCAGCUCCAUUGUCCGCUUGUUCACUAUUUUCUAGCUGAGUAGAGGUGAACUGGUUCAGGAGAUCCUGUAUGAAGCACCUCUCAUCUCUGCUUUUUCUCCUCCUCACCCUCUAUAAGAGGAUUUGAAUUAGGGAGGUAUCUGGUAACAAAUCGGGGCACCCUCAAUAGCAUUAUUAUAUUAACAUGGGCACCAUAAGUCUUUUAAACUCAUGUGAAAUUUGAAACCUGCCUCUAAAUGUCUUCCUUUCUUGGUCUAUGUCCUCUAUCACCCUCCAUCUGGCUCCCUCAUAUCCUCCUUUUCUGUCUUUGUCUUUCACAGGGUGCACAAUACAAGUGCUAUCCUCUGUCUUUAAGAAUGUAAUUGCAAAUGUGCCAAUUAGGUUGGUCACAUUUACAUAAGAUUGAUCUAAUAUAAUACAUUCAGCAUCUUUUAUUCAAUGUAGAGUAUAACUUAGCGUUAACUCAUGAUAAGUGUACUCUGAUUAAGGUGAAAAUGGGGCUUGUUUGUGGUGUUCAACCUGAUGUGUUCAGGUUGUGUUUUGUUUACUGUGAAGUUGUGUAGGUCAGUGUGCGGUGUGACCGACUGUUUUGUGUUACCACUCUCUCUGUGUAAGAAGAACCAAUGUUUUAGUAAGGUAAUACGCACAAUAGCUGGUGAAUUGACAAGUGUGCAUCAACUACACUACAUGACCAAAAGUAUGUGGACACCUGCUCAUCGAACAUCUCAUU